AGCUUCAAAGUUGAUAAUCCACAAAUGAUGAUCGCCUUCACUUGUAAGAAGUGUGACACCAGGUCAUCUCACACAUUCUCCAAGCAAUCGUAUCACAAAGGAACUGUUUUGAUCCAGUGUCCAGGGUGCAAGAAUCGCCACUUGAUUGCAGACAACCUCAAAGUAUUCAAAGACAAUAGGUUCUCGUUGGAGGAAGUGUUGAAAGCAUCCGGAGAGAGUGUCACCACUACACCAGGAGACUUGGCAUUCGAAGAUAUUCCCGAAAAAUUGAGGUCCACCAUUGGCCAUUACGCCAAAGAUGCGCCUGAAGAAUACCGUAGA